AUGCAGUCCCCAACCCGUUCCCUCCCUCUCAUUCUGGAAGACCGCACUGGUGCCUACACCACCACGGACUUUGACGACAUCUACGAUCGCGCGUUCUUUCAUGUUGUCUGCUCCGCCCAACGCUCUGUCAUGGUAUAUCCUAUGACUCGACGGACCUCUCGCCAUCGAGACGCCCACUGGCAAGCCCACCUCCAUCUUCCCGCCGCCGUUCUUGAGUUCGCGGCCGAUGGCGGGCUUGGCAACAUUAGCUUUGCUACUGUGCCUGGAGCUCGACCGAGAGUACUCCCUAUGGUGCAAUACUUACGCAAGACCGGAUUGUUUGGCCGGUCCUUAACGAGAAAGUUCGUCUGCUCAGAUGGACGAGAGUACAAGUGGACGCAAGGAACAACUGGACCCGAGUGGAGUUGCACAACCACAGACAACUUCGUUGUCGCCCAAUACGACCUGAAGCCUGCCGAUGUACGGACAUACGAUGUUUCGGGCAACUCAUUCACGAUCUAUGAUGGCUUCACACACCUUACGCUGGAGCUUCUUGUGUCAUUCAUCAUCAUGCGCCAUAUCCAGCAGUAUAAUCUCUGA